CAUACGUAUUCUUAUUCGCUAGGUGUGUGUACAUUUCUUAGCGUCUAUUUCGUUUAUUUCUCUCAUGAUAUAGGUUGAAAUAUGGUCACCUAGUUGGAUUAUCCCUUUCAAUAAUUGUUAAAGCAAUUAACCCUGUCUAAUGAGAUGUCUUCUGUCGAAGAGGAAGAAAAGGCAAAUUUUACAUGACUGAGUAGACUUUUGGUUGACAAAGGAACUGAGGCUUUGAGGAAUACAUUUGAUACCAUCCAUCCACCUGUUAGUCUACCCGGAGUACUGGCUACAAUCAAAACAUCUCUUCAAAGGUUAAAACCUCGAGUUAUUAAUCAUUCCCAGUGGGAUUUACUGUUCCCUCCGUCUGGCAACCCACCAGAUUCCAAAACCUUUGAUGUCACAUUACUUACAGUUCUAUUCCGGAACAUUUGUGGCUUUCCAUCAACCGGAUGGAGUGCAAUGCCUCCAGAUACAGAUAGAUCAUUGCAAGCGAAUAUUGCAAGAAUUAAGUGGUUUAGGAAUGAUGUUUAUGCACAUGUAACAUCAACUCGAGUUAACAAUUCCACAUUCGUGUCUUUAUGGAAGAAAAUUGCACAGGCGUUGGUUGAAUUGGCAAUUCCCCAGAGUGAUAUCGAUGACUUAAAAACUUCAUCUUUGGAGCCUGAGGAUGGAAAGUAUGUGAAAAUUUUUGAACAAUUGAAAAUUAUUGAAAGUUCUAUAGAUCAUUUGACCAGAAUUACAGAAGAAACUCGGGAAGAAAAUGAGGAAAAUAUCUUACGAAAACUUGCAAAGCACAACUUUAAGGGUAAAAUUGAAAGAAAAGUGAAGUUCUUUCAAACUGGAACAAGAAAUUGGCUGUUAGAAAAAGUUGAUAAGUGGUUUCAUGAAAGCAAUAGUGAUUCCAAUAUGUUGGUAAUAACAGCUGGACCUGGAGUGGGUAAAAGCGUGUUCGCCGCUAAAAUUUGUGAUGAUUUUGAAAGGAUUGGAAAAUUGGCUUCAUGUCAUUUUUUUGAUUUUAAUAACUCAAAUCUAAGAGAUCCUAUGGUUAUGCUGCAGUCUCUCGCAAGUCAAAUGUGCGAAAACGUUCCCGGUUUUAAAGAGAAGCUCUUUGAUCAGUUAAAGCGCCCUCAUGAUGUUCUGAACCUAAAAGAUGCCUUCCAAAUAUAUUUGCAAAAUCCUCUGGAUGAAUUGAAAUUAGAUGAAUCAUGUUUGGUUGUGAUUGAUGGCUUGAAUGAAAGUGCUACAGAUUAUAAGAAUGAAAAUAUGGAUUUGAUCGCUGAAUAUUUUCCAGAGCUACCCGAGUAUAUCAAAAUCUUGAUGACGAGCAGGCCUGUGAUUUCCGUAAAAAGACUAGGGGCUGUUCAAAAGAUUCAUAUUGCAGAAAAUGACGCGAACAAUAACUCAGACAUGGAACUCUUUUUAAAAGAAUGUCUUCCAAUCCUUGUUGACAGGAAAGUACAUACAAGGGAUGUGGUAAAAAAGGCCAUUAAUAUUCACUCUCAAAAUUUUCUAAGUAAAACUAUUAGUUUACUUCCAUUUCUCGUCGAAAAAUGCGGGGCUCAUUUCUUUAUGCAUAUCACUUUCAAUUUGGGCUAAGGAACCGCUAUGACCUCGAGGUCAUUACCUAUCAGGACAUCAUCGAGUUUCUUCCAGAAGGGCUAAAUUCGAUUUACCUGCGAUAUUUUAAGCGCCUUGAAGACGAGCUUGAAGCCAUAAAGCAUGAAAAGUUGGAUGUAUUUAAGAUUUUGGAAAUGCUGGCCGCUUCUAAAGGAUCUCUUCCCCUCACUUUCAUAGCGCAGGUUUUUGGUUUAGCUCCAGAUUGUCGCGAAACGAAAGACAUAAUCAGCAAAGUUAAUGAAACCGUAUCGUGCUUGUUGUACGUUUCAGAUGACAUGUUAACCGUUUUUCAUAAAUCCGUCAUUGAUUGGCUCUUAGGAAAGGGAUACGAAAAUCACCAGUAUACAGUCAAGUUCGAUAACGGAAAUAGAUCGCUUUGGCUUUUAUGUGAAAAAGUUUUUAAAGAAAUUAAGAAUUCUGUUUACUCCGGGCAUAGAGUAAACUUAACAAGUAACGUAAAAUAUGCACUGGAACAUAGUUUAAAACAUCUAGAAGAGAGUAAUAUGGAGGUUGGAAUCUUUUGGUCAGUGGAUGUUGCAAUCCUGUGUUAUAUGUUGUUGGUCAACCCAGUUGUUAUAGGCGAUUAUUUGACCUUUUGGAGCAGGAUUCUUCGAAGUCCCCACAUUAAAAACGAGGAACUACGUGCUCGCAUUUCAUGGCAUGUCAUUGAACUUGGCAUUUUGCGUGAUCACUCGAGAUUAUUGAUUAUGCCGUUACUUUUCACUGUUUGUUUUAAACAACCUGUGAAAUCAUGGCAUGAAAUUUCAAGAUCAUAUUUAGAAGCUGUUCUUACACAUUCUCAACAAGGUUACUUCAGUGAGGAUGAGAAGAAAAUUGCAAAGUCGCUACUAUCAAACCAUUCACGAUUUCUUGAAUUGAAUUCUUGUGAAGUACCAGUUCUUCCGCGAGCAGUCUGGAGACCCAGUUAUGAUGCUUUUAAUAAAGACAUUGCUGCUGUUGCUUUAUCCAAUGAUAAGGAAAGAGUAGCAGUUGGAACAAGAAGCUCUAUCCAUGUGAUGUCCGUACCAACUUUAGUUGAACUUAUUGAAUAUUCAACACAAUUAAGAAGAGUUUCAUGCUGCACAUUUUCUCACGACGAUUCGCUCAUAUUAUUUGGAAAACUGGAAACAGCAUUUAGCAUCGCUGAGAACAAGGAGGUUUUAUUUUUCCCUGGAAAUGAAGAGACGUUCCUUUCCUGUGAUUUUUCUCCCAACGGUAAGAGGAUGGUGACUAGCGACGGUUCAAAAACCAUUAAACUAUGGGACGUUUCUAAACAAAGGUUGCUAUCGUCGCUUUGUGCUGAAUUUUCCGUUGAUUGGUGCACUUUUAGCAUUAACGGGUUAUUUAUUAUUGGAAAUUCAGAAUCGCUAAGCUCGAAGUCAAUCGCCAGUUACUCGUUUUGCGUUUGGAACGCUAUUACAUUGAAAAGGAGUGAUCAGCGAAUUAUAUCUAACAUGCACAGAAAGGAGCAAUCAGUUUUAACCGAAAGUAGAAGAAAAUGUGAGCGAUGUUUUCAACAAGGAUUCCAGAAACUCAAUUCGAAGCAAUUGAGCUUACGUUAUCAAUUUGGAAGCAAAUUUGUAACUUUGUGUCCAUGGAUUUGCAAAGAUGAAAAGUGCAUUUCCCCCCAGCAAGAGUAUUCUGAUUUUAGUGUCAUAGAAAGCAUUCUUUUGACAGCGUUUGCUGCCUGGAACGACAUUCGCGCGAUUCAUUUGUCUCUAAACGAUACGUUUUUGAAAUUGACAGAUGUAAAAGAUAAUCUGUGGCUUUAUACAGAUACGGAAAAACUGAUUGUCCUAAAGACAUUAACUCCAACACAAACUUCCUGUCCGUUGUCACACUCCACCGUGGUGUAUUCAAGUUCGUUUUCUCCGGACGGCUCUCGACUUGCAUCCUGCAACUCAGAUGGAUAUAUCAACGUAUGGAAUGUCUAUACCAGCCAAGUUCAACAACGUUUCAAAAUCAAUCAAUACGGGUCAAGAUUUUUAUGCUGGUGGUCGAAAAAUUUCUUGUUUGUGAUUAGCGGGUUUAACGGGAUUCCAAACUUAACGCGAUAUCCGGUAGAUCACAAUGUAGACAUCCUGUUUACUUAUAGUAAGGAAAUGCCCUUGAGUCAUUUAAAAGCUGAGCUUGACGGUUUAACUUCUAUUCUUGAUUUUUCUGAAGGUUUUCUCAGUUUUGUUUGCUGUCGUAAUGCACCCAUAAAUGUUCUCAAUGUCGGUAGAAAUGAUGGUCCUGUAAUGGUAAAUUUGCCUGGAAUUGAGCCUAAGAUGGAUGUCAAAAUCUCGCCUGGUGGUGCCUUUAUCUUUGGUGGUAAUAAAACUAAUCAUUAUAUUUGGAGAAGAAACUCGGAAAAAUCAGAUUUGUAUGAAGUAUUUUUUUCUCGCGAUGCUAUAACGAGUAAAUAUGGUCAUAGAAUCUCAUGUUCCUUCACAGGUAGCCCGCUAUUGGAUUUGCUUUUAGUUAAAUAUUUAAUACAUUCUAUGCAAAACGAUAUGAAGUGUCUCCUUCCUUCAUUCACUGCUGACAUAUUAUCGCAUGCGCCAAUUCGUGCGGUGCAGUGUGAUUUUUUUGAAAAGCCGUCGGGAUCCCAUCACCCUGCCCUACGUCACAGCAAACACGCAAUAUGA